AUGUUCUGGCGCCGGCCUGCAGCGGGGACCCCGGCUUAUGAGCCCAAGAGGUAUUCCGACGGGGCCGCCCCACGCCGCUCCACUCCUCUGCUGCCCAGGCUGCCCACGCCCGACGUCGGUACCGGGCGAGGCUCAGCCGGCGCGUGGUGGCAGGACAGCGGGCGUCUGCCCUACCUGUCCCCUGGGGUCCCUUACGGGCCUCGGGGCCGCGGAACCCUGCGUGCGCUGCUGCUGCCACCGCUGCUGCAGUCCGGCAUGGCCCGGGGAGCGGGGACCCGGGGGACAUCGCAGCCCGCGGCCCGCGACGACCCUAACGCCGUGGGCGCGCUGCUGGGGGAGUUUCUACCCACCAAGUUCCGCGACUUCCUGCACCAGCUGCGCGCCAAAUGCGCGGAGCCGGAGGAGCACCCACCCUCAUCGCCACAGUAUCCCAAGGGUGCUUCAGAGCACUGCGUAGGUUUUCGUCGUCCCAGCUGCUCAUUUCUCCCGGACCUGCGGGACCAGUCGUUGCACUCAGAGGACAGUUUUAGAGAGAAUACCCUGGGGCCUCCAAGAGGUGAAUUCAUCACAGCCAGAAAGGCCAACCCCCCCUCUGGAGAAGGCUCGAGGCCUCGCCGGCGCUAUUGUCCUUUCCGGGUGAGAUUUGCCGACGAGACCCUGCAGGAUACAGCACUCCGCUACUGGGAACGCAACCGUGCAGUCCGGCAGAACAUCUUUCCAUGUGAGCAGACGACUUUGCCUGCAGUGUCUGUGUCAGAGAGGGUGCUUGGGCGUGUUGGGAGAUGGCUGGACAGUCUGCCCAGAGCCCUGCGUCCCAGGGUCCAAGACAGUAUGGCCGGCUCCUCAUACUGGAACUGCCCCCGAGUGUCAGCUCAGGAACCACAGCUCUACCUUUCUGAAGAUGCCACCAUGAGCAGCCGGCUACCCUUCAUCUCCAGAGCCACCACCCCAAGGCCAAGGGGAGGCCUCAGGACCUUCCUGGACACCCCUAACACUGUGGAGCAGGAGUCCUUUCUGCCCAGUUUGGUGCUGCAAUCCAUCCUGAAGCGAGGCCGCCCUAAGGGCUACCGGCUCCUCCUGCCAUCCACAAACCGGCAGCAGGCUCAGAGGUGACCGCCUGCUGGAGCCCCAACCCAGGCAAUGAGAAGAGCGCUUCCUCGCCCCACAAAU